GAAUCAGAACCUGUUUUAAUGAAUUGCAAGUAAUAGUUUCCUUAGUCGGUCGGUGGAUGUUUGACGCGAACUGUCAAAACAAACUUAACCUACAAAAAGUAGAAAGUCGGUGGGUGCCAAGAUGUUUAAGUUAUCAAUAUUUUUAUUGACAGUGUGUUCGUUAGUGCCGUUCUCAAAAAAUGCCGCAGUGGACAUGUUUAAGAACAAGUUCAAGAAACAAACCGACGAAGUUGUCGGUUUGUAUUCCUUGAAAGACGACGUGGAUAUCUUGACCAUACACAACUUUAAACAAGACGUCUUCGGUAGCGAAAAAGUGUGGAUCGUGGAGUUCUACAAUAGUUACUGCGGUUUUUGUCAGAGAUUUGCCCCGUCAUGGAAGGAAUUCGCCACUGAUGUGAGGGGCUGGAAGGAUGUGGUUCGAGUGGGGGCUAUAGACUGUGCCAACGACGAAAACAACCCUCUGUGCAGGGAGUUUGAGAUUAUGGGCUACCCCACUUUGAAAUACUUCCACGAGAAAUACGCGGAAGGAGCCAAUAACUUUGGUUUGGCCAUUAAGGCAGGCUCGGGAGCUGCAGAACAUAAGAAGGUACUUAUAAAUACAAUAGUGAAUGAGCAGACGGAAAACAGGGGGAAAUAUCUGCCAAAUUUAUUGCCAUACUCUGCAAGCACCGCAGACGAUUUACUGAAAAAUCGGCCAGCCACUGUUAAACAUAUGUUUUUGGUUGUGCAAGAGCCAGAGUCCUAUAUGGGGCAAUCUUUAAUUUUGGACUUAAACAAAGUAUCUGACACAGUGAUCAAGUACACUUUAAACAAUAAUACCGCCCUAUUGACGAGUUUAAACUUGCACAAAACGCCGUCAGUUUUAGUGUGGGAUGUAAAUGGAAAUCAAAGAGAAUUGGAUGUUGCAGUGGACCCUAAAAAAACCGUAUUGGAUUACCUGCAUAUAAAAACUAAUGAAAACAAUAAGGGAAGUGGUGAAAAUACAGGGGUUGAGGCGCCAUCAUUGCAACAAGAGAAUAUGCUCGAUGAGAAAAUUAGGAAAAUGGGCGAUGCGGUGUUUCAAAAGGAUUUGGAAACGGCUUUAAGGUAUUCGUUACGGCGGGAGGUGUCGAGAACAAAAGAGAUAACAGGUGAUAAACUGGUAGCACUAAAAAAAUACCUUGAUGUGUUGAUCAAGUAUUUUCCGUUCGGUAAAUAUGGCCGCUCGUUUUUACUGGAGUUAAAGCAGUUCGUGGGGAGCAGCGAUACCAUCGAUGGAGGGGAUAUAUUUAAGAUCGUGAAGGCGGCGGAAAAAGAGGAGAGGCAGGUUUUUUCGUCGCCGGAAGGUUGGUUGGGGUGCAAGGGGAGCGCGAAAACGUACAGGGGCUAUUCGUGCGGGUUGUGGAGGCUGUUUCAUUAUCUCACGGUGAACCACGCCGAACAGAACGUUGAUAACCCCGCGGCGAACCCCAAGGAGGUUCUCGAGGCCAUGCACGGGUACGUAAAGGAGUUUUUCGGGUGCACCGAUUGCAGCACGCAUUUCCAAGAGAUGUCGAAAAGACGGAACAUGUUUGAGGUUAAAUCUCUGCCGGACUCUGUUCUUUGGCUGUGGUCCGCUCACAACGAGGUCAACAAUCGUUUGGCCGGAGAUGAGACCGAGGAUCCCGGACAUCCCAAAGUGCAAUUUCCGGUUAAAGAUCGUUGUCCCGCAUGCCACCUGGACGAUGAUUCCUGGGACACCGGUGAAGUGCUGAAGUACCUAAAGCACGUCUACAGCAGCAUCAACGUUCGCUACAUCGAUUCCGACACGAGGAUUUUGCAUCUCGGUUUGGACGGAAACCGGAACGCCACUUCCGGGUCCUCGGGAUUUUUCCACACGAUCGAUGCGAGGCUACUACCAGGAUUUUCGAGCCUCGUUUGCCUAAUUACGAGCAUUUAUUAUUUUUCGUAUAUUUAACCAACAUCACAUUUAUAUUAAAUUAGCUUCAGGAUUAGAUUGAUUAACUUUUUUAUUAAAAUGCCCUGUGAACAAGUUGCCUAUAACAUAGUGUUUUAUUAUUAUAGUAUUAAUAUGUAUUUUAUUAAACAAAAAUUAUAAAACUUA